GGCGCGCGCGCGCACGCACGCACGCACGCACUACACAUCGACCCGCGGGGAUAGAGAGCCAGCCGGGCGACCCGCAGAGCGUCGAGGACGUGCGCCGCAGCGGCUUACCUUCGCAGGCACAAGUCCAUGCACCGGCGGUACUUCGUGCUGCGCGCCGCCUCGGAGCGCGGCCCGGCCCGCCUGGAGUACUACGAGAGCGAGAAGAAGUUCCGCGGCAAGGCCCCCGUGCCCAAGCGCGCGGUGCCGCUCGAGACGUGCUUCAACAUCAACAAGCGCGCCGACGCCAAGAACAAGCACAUGAUCGUGCUGUACGCGCGCGCCGAGAGCUUCGCCGUGGCCGCGGAGAGCGAGGCGGAGCAGGACGAGUGGUACCAGGCCAUGGUGGAGCUGCAGUGCAAGAGUAAGAACCCCACUGACAGCUGCGAAGGGGCCGACUACGGAGUACCCAAUCCCGGGCCUGCGUUCAAGGAGGUGUGGCAGGUGAAAGUGUGGCCCAAGGGCCUGGGUCAAGCCAAGAACUUGGUGGGCAUCUAUCGCCUCUGCCUCACCGACAAGACGGUCAACUUUGUCAAGCUCAACUCUGACGCCGCCGCCGUGGUGUUGCAGCUGAUGAACGUCCGGCGCUGCGGCCAUUCCGAAAACUUUUUCUUCGUCGAAGUUGGCCGCUCCGCCGUGACGGGCCCGGGCGAGUUCUGGAUGCAGGUCGAUGAUUCCGUGGUGGCCCAGAACAUGCAUGAAACAUUGCUGGAGGCCAUGAAAGCCCUGAGCGAGGAGUUCCGCCAACGCAGCAAGUCCCAGUCGAACUCUGGGCCCGGAGGAGGUGCUACUGCUUCCAACCCCAUCAGCGUUCCCUCACGACGCCAUCACCCGAACCCUCCUCCCAGCCAGGUGGGCUUCAACCGCCGGCCCCGGACGGAGCCUCCAGGAGGAGCCAACGGUGGGGCGGGGGGCGGCAGUGCCAGUGCUUCUCCCACCCCGCGGCACAGCUUCCCAAGGUCUCGGACUGCAAGCGAUGGGGGAAAAGUUGAGGAGGGCAUGGUAGGUCCCACACCCCUCCAAGGGACUUGCUCCCGCCCUUCCACCAAUGGCUCGUGCUCCACCACCCCGAUCCUCAGGUCGAAAUCCGCCCGUUCAGUCCCGACCUCGGCUGCUAAAACUCCUCUUGGGUUGACACGUUCCAUCUCCACCCCAGCGCCCUCACCAGCCCCGAGCCUCUCCUCUAGCUCUGGGCACGGCUCCGAGUUCGGGGUCGUGACAUCUGCCGGUGCUGCUACGGGGUCCGCCACCUACAGUCGCGUCCCCUCGCGUCACGCCUCCGUCUCGGGCUCACCCAGCGACUACGGCUCCUCGGACGAGUAUGGCUCAAGUCCCGGGGACACGCUCCUCCCCUCGCCGAGCCUACCCGGAAACUCCAUAGGCAGCGCUGGCAGUCAGUCCCUCGGCGAGGAGGGAGCCAACUAUAUCCUGAUGGGCCAGCGGAGUGGUGGUGGUGGUGUUAGCAGUAAUGGUGGUGGUGGUGGCAACAGCAACCAAGGGGGCGUAACAUCCAGUUCCCUGCCAGCACCAGUAACACCAGCCUGUGGCUCCCAGUCCCAGACCAGAAGGGUUUUGCGCCGUUCCUCCAGCCGCGAAUGCGAAGCCGAACGUAGGCUGCUGAGCAAGCGGGCUUCGCUGCCUCCGAUGGCGCUGGAGAAGCUGGCCCCGUGUCAGCGCCGAGCCGAGGAGGCAGCAGAUGAAGAUUCUGCCGAUUACGCCGUCAUGUCCAGGAGCACCAGCCGCGAGUCUUUUGCGUCCACCUCCUCCACCCCGCAGAGGGAAUCUGCCGCGGGCUCUGGGUUGGCAGGGUUUGGAGGUGGCUACUUGGAUGUGGCGGGUGAGUUCAAGACGGAUGUGGGCGCAGGAACAAGUGGUGGUGUAAAUAAAGGCGUGGACACUGGGUACAUGUCCAUGCUGCCUGGCGUCACUCAGCCUCCGGUCUCCCUGUCCCAGUCGUUGGCUGUCUCCGUCCCAGACUCCGAUUCUAAACCCGGCGACGACUACAUGGCCAUGACCCCCAAUAACAGCGUGUCCCCGCCGCAGCAGAUCCGACCUCCACCAGCUUCCGAUGGCUAUAUGAUAAUGUCCCCCAAUAGCAGCUGCUCCCCUGACCAGCGUGGGGGUCUCUCUGGAGGAGCCUGGAUGGGCAGUGGAAGUGCAGACAGCAGGGCGGGCAGUGACUAUAUGAACAUGUCUCCAAUCAGUGCACGUUCUGUAAACGGCAGCCCCCCACCAUCUGAACUCCCCAGUCUUCUGGAGACGAGUUCUCAACAGCAAGCCCCCAAGAUGGUAUAUUCUUACUAUUCUCUUCCCCGCUCGUACAAACACAACCCCUCCGCUGGACAUUUCGACGAUGGCCCCGGACGAGGCAGAAGGUCCAACGGGAGCUUUACCCGGGGAAUGGGCGGAGGGAGGAUCGUGGGAGGGCGUCAGGAGCCAACGGCAGCCGGCGGUUCAGCGGUCGGACGCCACCUGUCACUCUCCUCUUCAUCGUACUCUUCAAGCUCAGCCAGCAGCGAGAGCCUCGGGGAGAGCGAGGACCGAGCAGCCCAGGCGGCGGCCGCCAUGGCGGGGGGAUCUCAGUCCAAAGAUGCAAGUAUGCUCCAGCAGAAACGUGGCUCUGGUGGGUUGUCCAAGCAAGGUAGCCACAGUAGGAGCAGACCGGUGAGCCUGUUUGUCGACGUAUCUAAGGCUAACACCCUUCCUAGGGUCCGGGAGAACCCGCUGCCCCCGGAGCCUAAGAGCCCUGGGGAGUAUGUAAGCAUCGAGUUUAAGGGGGAGAAGAGCAGCCUGACUGCAGUUGGGAGAGGGCGAGGCAGGGGUCUCAGACAUGGCUUAUCGCUGCCUCACGGCUCAAGCAUCAAGCAUCCUCAACACAGGCCAAUUUCUUGCUUGGGGAACUUUAUCCCCCUCUCCCGCAGCCCGUCUGCCCCCAUCACCCCGCCAGCUGCUUCAGAGUAUGUCAACAUGGAAUUGGGACCUUCUCCGUCCCCCUCACCCCUCUCCCACACCACUCUUGUUUUCCCUUCCUUCCACACCCCUCCCACGCCACCCACUCUUGCUCAUGCUCCUAAACCUUGUGAUGAGGGUACUGCCAGCCCUAGUGAAGAGGGGUCCGGAGUGGCCAAAGCCCCUCAAGAAAAGCAGAGGGAGUGUCCCAUCAGUGUCCGAGUCGCCAACACCCUGUGGGGACUACACAGACAUGUCUUUAGCUUGAACAGCAACGCCGUCCCUAGGUCAUCAUCCAGCGCUCCCCCAAAGCCCCCUCCCCUACCAGGACCGAUCCCUCCGUUGCAGUGCUAUCACGGGGCUUAGACUUCCCCCUUGCCAAACCUGGACCCAACCCGGACCAUGGGGCUAAAGUCAUCCGGGCGGACCCCCAAGGCCGCCGACGGCACUGCUCGGAAACCUUCCUUCCCUCGCCUUCCCUCCUCGCCCCAA